UGGGGCCGUUCCGUUGGCGGGGGUCAAUCAUUACCCCGGAACUCGGUUAAUCCAUCUCGAACUCCGUACCCAUAUCUCGAGCUUCUUCUAACAUCUCUCAUACCACACGAUAGACGUGACAGUACUCAUUUUUCUUUAGAUCUCAUACCGCAGACACCGAAAGAACCACCAGAGAUUGCUGAUCUCGCCCGUCACAAUGCCAAGAAAGCUCAAGCUCAAUCCCACGCAAUUCACACAGGCGGUCGUGCGCUCCUUUAUGGCAGACUCCGGUCUCGAGCCUCGUCUUCUAGGGAAACACUUCCGCGUCAUCAGCGCCACGGAAGGCAAAGUUGACUUCGAGCUUGACAUUCAAAAAGAACAUACCAACCGCCUUCAAACACUCCAUGGCGGUACUCUUGCCAGUCUCGUCGACCUCGGUGGCUCACUCGCAGUCGCCUCAUCAGGCCGCUUCGCAACAGGCGUGUCAACUGACCUGAACGUGACAUAUCUGAGCCCCGGAGGCCGUCCGGGAGAUGUUCUCAAGGGCACCGCCACUCUUGACAAGAUUGGCAAGACGCUUGCUUUUACGCAGGUGACUUUCACCAAUAGCAAGGGACAACUAGCUGCGCGAGGCAGCCAUACAAAAUACGUAACGGGUACUAUGGGUGAAGAUGGCCCAUUCGUUGCUCCAGCCGAGUUCUCGGACGUGGACUAGACGGUGUCACGGGGUGGUUGUAGACAUUCUGUUGAUGCAGUAGAAAUGAGAUGUACUAAAUAUCAUAAAGUAUAGAAGGGUGGU